UCGCCAUGUUUAGAAGUGUGUGCGUCCUUGAGCGAGUCGAGCGAAAAUGUUCUGUAAAAUAUUAGAUAUAGCUCAUGCACUGUACAUUACGUGAAGUACCUAAUUACAAUUUAACGCUCGUCGAUCACGGGUGUAACAAUUAUUUUCGUGGAUGGCUCACCUACGUCGCAGAAUUUUGUGAUUACAUUAUGUGUAAUGUGUAAUGAGUGAUAAGCAGACUGCACCUAUUUUACCGCCCCUUAAUGGGGGUGGAGGCAACAAUGGAGGAAGCAAUGGAGGUGUACCACAACAAACAGUUAAUUUGCAACAAGUUCUUGCUACUGCCCAAGGACUUAAUGUCAUCACCACAGGAGCUGGGCAGCAAUUUGUUAUUACUUCACAGGUUCCUGGUCUUACACAGGUUAUAUCAAGUAGUGCAACAACAAAUGCAAAUAUUCAACAAGUUGGUGUUACAAGAAUUGUUAAUAUUAGUGGUACACCUCCACGUGCAAGUACUGUGGGAGUUGCAGGUGCAAGUAGUUCACCUCUUACAUCUCCUACACGUCAGAGUUCACCUAAAGUUGUUUUAGCAACAUCUCCAAAACUUGUUCGAACUUCUAUAGGAAAUAUGUUUGUUGCACCAACUUCUCAAGCUUCUAUGCAAUCUCCACCUGCAAGAAAAAAGUUGAAGUUAACAGACUCCACUGAAAAACCUACUACAAUUGCUGAUGAUGCAAUGGGUUAUAGAAGAAGAAUUAUGGAACACAAAAUGAAAAGAAUGCGUGCAAUAAGGGAGAAAUAUGCUGAUAAUGCAUCAGAGCUAUUCUUUCUUCAUGCUGGGGGCAAUAUGAUGGAUUUUCAAACUUGGAGGAGGAGACCCCCAACACCUCAAUAUCUGCAUUUUUUACGGCAACAUAGAUUAGAUCCAGAUGAUGAUGAUGAAGAUUUAACAGCUCCACUGCCAUGUACAGAAGUAAAAAUUUCUGGUAUGAAUGUAGCACCAGUUGCAGUUUCUACAACAUUGCCUGCUGCAGUAGCCCAACUUAAUCAACAAGGACAUGUACCAGGUAGGCCUCAAGGGGGCCGCCAUGGCAUGGUGUUUGCCUUCCGAGCAGCAAUUCAAUCUUCACCAGUCACAGCUCACCCUCCACCUACUUCUACUCUAGCACCCACGCUCAUUAUAGGUAAUGCACCAAUAGUUCCAGGUUCACCAAAAUCUGUAACAACAACAGUUGCAAGUCCAGUGGUAGAUAAACCUACAAUAGCUACGUCUAUUACAACAACUAUUACUACCAUGACUACUCCUACUCUUACUCUUACCGGAACAACUACCACAACCGCUACUGUUACCACCGUUACCACCACUACUACGAAAACAUCCACUGCGCCUACUACACCUUCUCAGCCUGUUAUUAAACUUGUAAAGAUGCCUGCUUCUAAUGCAGCUUCUUCAUGUGAUAUUACAAAUAACCAAGAACAAAUUGUAGAAAAAGCAAAACAGGAAGCAUAUGUUAUGCAAAGGAUUGCUGAAUUACAACGUGAAGGACUAUGGUCAGAAAGGAGAUUGCCUAAGGUACAGGAACCACCUCGUACAAAGGCUCACUGGGAUUAUUUAUUAGAAGAGAUGGUUUGGUUAGCUGCUGACUUUGCUCAAGAACGAAAGUGGAAAAAAGCUGCAGCAAAAAAAUGUGCUCGCAUGGUACAGAAAUAUUUCCAAGAGAAAGCAAUUCAAGCACAAAAAGCUGAAAAAUCACAAGAACUUAGGUUAAAGAAAAUUGCUAGUUUUAUUGCUAAAGAAAUCAAAACAUUCUGGGCAAAUGUGGAAAAGUUGGUGGAAUACAAACAACAAACGAGACUUGAAGAAAAAAGAAAGCAGGCUUUAGAUCAACAUUUAAAUUUUAUUGUUGGUCAAACAGAAAAAUAUUCAACGUGGUUAACUGAAGGACUUAACAAAACUGAUGGUCCUCAAAGUAUACCAGCUUCUAUGAAUAGUUCACGAAUUUCUUCACCAGUUCCACCUGGCAAAUCUCAUUCUGAUGAGGAUUUUCAACCAAAUCAAAGUUCUGACGACGACGAAGAAACUAUAGCAAAAGCAGAAGAGGAACUAAAAUCUGUGACAAACCAUAAAGAAGAGGUUGAAUUGUUAAAGAAAGAAUCGGAAAUACCCUUGGAAGAUCUUUUAAAAGAAUUACCGCCAGAUUACUUAGAAGAUAGGAGUAAGAGUUUGUCACCUACAUCAAAAGAAAUCGUGGAAGAAAAUGAAAAGACAACAGAUGGAGAUACAGAUUUUGUUGCUGCGUCGGAUGAAUCCUCGGAUGAAGAGGAAACUAUUAUGGAACAAGAAAAAGUUGAAGAAAAUGCAGAUUAUAAACAAGAACUGGACGAUCUAAAGGCUGAAAAUGAAAUGUCUAUUGAUGAACUUAUGGUCAAAUAUGGUAAUAUACCAGAUGUUCCAAUGGAUGUUGAACAAGAUUCAGUUCAAGAGUCGGAUAAAGAAAGCACAAAGGAAGAAGGGCAAGAUAACGACGAAGAAUCUACUAGUAAUGAAACUGAAAGUGACGAAAGUGAUAACGAAGUUGGGGAAGUGGAGUCUCAAACACAAAGUGAUAAUGAAGCUGAUAUUGGUCUUAAAUCUUUGCUAGAAGAUGUUUCCAUGGAAAAAUCAUCAGAUGAUAAGACUGCAGAAAUGGAUCAUUCGGAUGCUCAUAACGAAAUGGAUAAUGUAGCGGCAUUAGCGGAGAGUAUACAACCUAAAGGAAAUACUUUACUUACCACCAGUGUCGUUACAAAAAUUCCAUUUCUUCUAAAACAUCAUCUCAGAGAAUAUCAACAUAUAGGAUUGGAUUGGCUUGUUACAAUGUACGAUAGAAAAUUAAAUGGUAUUUUAGCCGAUGAAAUGGGAUUGGGUAAAACUAUACAAACAAUUGCUUUACUUGCGCAUUUGGCAUGCGAAAAAGGCAAUUGGGGUCCUCAUCUCGUAAUAGUACCAACAUCUGUGAUGCUCAAUUGGGAAAUGGAAUGUAAAAAGUGGUGUCCUGGUUUUAAAAUUUUAACUUAUUACGGAACACAAAAAGAAAGGAAACAAAAAAGAACAGGUUGGACAAAACCUAAUGCUUUUCACAUAUGUAUAACUUCGUACAAGCUAGUUAUACAAGACCAUCAAAGCUUUAGAAGGAAAAAGUGGAAAUAUCUUAUAUUGGAUGAAGCUCAAAACAUUAAAAAUUUUAAAUCACAGAGAUGGCAAUUAUUGCUGAAUUUCCAAACACAGCGACGAUUAUUGCUUACCGGCACACCUCUCCAAAAUAACUUAAUGGAAUUAUGGUCACUGAUGCAUUUUUUAAUGCCAAAUGUAUUUCAAUCGCACAGAGAAUUUAAAGAAUGGUUUAGUAAUCCUGUUACUGGAAUGAUCGAAGGAAACAAUGAAUACAAUGAAAAUAUUAUUCGUCGUCUGCACAAGGUUUUGCGACCUUUUUUAUUGCGAAGAUUAAAAACGGAAGUAGAAAAACAAUUACCCAAAAAAUACGAGCACGUUCUUAUGUGCCGUUUGUCAAAACGACAGCGAUAUCUGUACGAUGAUUUUAUGUCUAGAGCAAAAACAAAAGAGACCCUGGCUAGUGGUAAUUUAUUAAGCGUCAUCAACGUAUUAAUGCAGUUACGAAAGGUAUGCAACCAUCCAAAUUUAUUUGAAGUGAGACCCACUGUAUCACCAUUUCAAAUGGAAGCUAUUGAAUAUGUAACAGCUUCGUUAAUAUGGAGUGCUCUUGAUUACGAUCCAUUUAAGCAUAUCGAUUUAUCUAGUAUUAAUCUUUUAUUAUAUGAUUUGGAGCUGACUCUUACUGCUUUUGUGGCACACAGAGUCAGACGAUUGCAAACGCCACGAAAGCUUAUAGAAGAAAUAGACACUCAACCAGAUCCACCUCCGAGAUGUCCAUCUGGAAAAAUUAAAAUCAACGUUAGAUUAUCUAAUCAAGUUAAACCAUCAACCGCUCCUCAACAGACUCAAUCGAAAUUAAAGAAUUUAGCUGGAAUAUUGCCUACUCCAAGAGUUGGAACAUCUCCUUUAAUAAAAACCGCAAACAAUCAAAGCACUCCAGGGCAAGGUGUUACGUUAAAAGUAGCAAGUGGUCAACAGUUUCAAGGAUAUUCCGUACAGUUAGUUCAACAUCAAGGUAGUGUGAAAGCAAUUCCCGUUGGAACACUAGCACAUAACCCACAAAGUACAACAGUGACAUCAACUACAGCAGCAACGAAUGCACAGAGGAUUACAGUAGGGAAUGCAAAUAUUAGAGAUGGACUGCAACGACUAACAACGCAGACAGUCACAGUUAAACAAGGUGAUUCCGUCCAAAGAAUAGCAGUGCCUAGUUUUGCACAGGUGGUUCAAACAUCUACCGGUAGACAUAUCAUUCUGACUUCAAAUCAGCAAAACACUAACACAGUUUCAUUUCCAGUAAUGAGUGGACAACGUUUGACAGUUUUAUCUAAAUCUUUAAUGGGCCUAUCUACCUCGGCAACUACAGUAAACAAAGUUAUAGGGGGAGUAGUAACAACUAGUAGUGGAACUACUGGAAGACCUGUAAUGAGGGUGCCGCCACUUAAUGUUACUGCUUCCCAGACACAGUCUCCUGCUGGCAAUGGACAACCGCAACAACAAUCGAUUCGUUGUGGUAUUGUUACCAGACACGCACAAAAGGAAUCCGAAAAGGCACAAAUAAAAGAACGUCCAAAAUCCGAAUUUUAUUUGCCACAAUUAGAAGAUGAACGGAAACAAAGAAGGCAAGCUAAACUUCGUCUUCUUGCAAACAUUAAUGAAAGACGAUGUGCUGCGUGUCCUCUGUACGGAGAAGAUUUGUUCAUGGCAUUACGAAUUGGAAAGCCGUCUACAGCAUGUAGGUGGCAUAAUGGUUGGGUUCACUGUGCAAAUGCAAAAGACAAUGCACGUACUCGAAGACAAUUUUUUUCUCGUACAGAAGCACUUGCAGAGGCGAUUAAAAGUACUGAACAAAUUGUUGAAGAGCUUAAAGAAGUUUUUGAAAGAUUUGUUGUUCAUGUUCCUGCUGUGUGCGCACCUACGCCACGUUUUCAUGUUUCUCAUCCUCCACCACAUAAGUUGUUUGGUCAACGGCGUAUACAAAUGGAAUUGCAACGUCAACUAUCGCCAAAAUUGGCGUUGUUCCAUCCAGUAGCUAGUGCAAUGAGUACGCAAUUCCCUGACCCCAGAUUGAUACAGUAUGACUGCGGGAAGUUGCAAUCUUUAGAUCAACUUCUUAGGAAACUUAAAUCUGGGAACCAUAGAGUUUUAAUUUUUACACAAAUGACAAGGAUGUUGGAUGUAUUAGAAGCUUUUCUUAACUUCCAUGGUCACAUAUAUUUACGUUUGGAUGGUACUACUAGAGUAGAUCAACGACAGGUUUUGAUGGAAAGAUUUAACGGAGACAAACGAAUAUUUUGUUUCAUUUUAUCGACGAGAUCGGGUGGUGUAGGUGUGAAUCUUACAGGAGCAGAUACUGUUAUAUUUUAUGAUAGUGAUUGGAAUCCUACGAUGGAUGCCCAAGCACAAGAUAGGUGUCAUAGAAUAGGACAAACGAGGGAUGUACAUAUCUACAGGUUAGUCAGUGAAAAGACUGUAGAAGAAAAUAUUCUGAAAAAGGCCAAUCAGAAGAGACUACUUGGAGAUUUAGCCAUCGAAGGUGGUAAUUUCACAACCGCCUACUUCAAAAGUUCUACGAUUCAAGAUCUCUUUAAUAUCGACCAAUCGGAGAGUGAUGCGUCAACUCGAAUGGCGGAAGUGCUGGAACAAAAUAGAGAUCGAGAAAAAUACUUGCAAAGGGAUGUUCAAGCUCAGACUGCGGAGGAUAAAGUGGCAAUGGGUGCAUUGGAAAGUGCUCUUGCUGCUGCUGAAGAGGAUCUCGAUGUUCAGGCUGCAAAGACUGCUAAAGCAGAGGCUGUUGCUGAUCUAGCAGAAUUCGAUGAAAAUAUACCUUUAGAUGACGCGGAAAGGGACGAUAUGCAAGUUAGCAAAGCUGAGCUUGAAGUACAAAAUUUAGUAUCUCAGUUGACACCUAUAGAACGUUACGCGAUGAAGUUUGUCGAGGAAUCGGAGGGUGCAUUCUCUGCGGCCCAACUAGCAGCUGCAGAACGUGAACUCGAAGAGCAGAAGAAAGAGUGGGAGUUAGAUCGGCUACGAGCAUUGCGCGAAGAAGAGGAAAGGCGAUUGCGAUUGGUUGACGAUGACGAGAAGCCCCUGACGUUUGGACGUGAGGAUGCGCAAAAUCAGAUAUGGUUGUCGGACGACAAUAUGGAGCAAAUGCCGAUGUGGUGUCCUCCAACGCCUCCAACGACGGAUAAUGAUGUUUAUAUCGACUAUUCUUUGGGAUUCCUUUAUGAAAAUACUCCUAUGUCAGAGGCACAAUUGCCUCCGAUAUACAUUAAGAAGGAACAAAAGAGAAGUAGGAUCGAUGUUGGUCUUAAUGAUCGCGAUGGACGCCGGGCGGUUAAAAUGCGACACAAGGAGGAAUCAGUUUACGCACCGAGAUCUCUGUUCGAUCGGCCUUCGCCGGCGCUUAUGAAAAUGCGUCGCGAUAUGAAAUUACAUAAAUAUCGUAUAGUACGACCACCGAUUCCACUGCCUGGUAUAAAGCCUUCGCACAUGUCGAAGUCUUCCGCGGACCAAGAACAUGUUUUAGAUUGGAUGAUACACGAAGACUGGGCUCUUCUCCAAGCAAUUCAGAUUUACCAAGGACUGCCAUUGAAUUUAAUGAUUUUAUCUCCUGGUCACACUCCUAACUGGGAUUUAGUUGCGGACAUAGUGAACAAUACUUCUCGAAUAUACAGAUCUCCUAAGCAAUGCAGAAGUAGAUACGAAUCGGUAAUAGUACCGAGAGAAGAAGGCAAAUUGCUUUACGAUACCACCCCGAAAAAACAAAAGAAACAAAAAGGCGUAUACAAGAUGCCUCAGGUUUCCGAGCAACAAAGUAAAACAAACAGGCCAAUGAAAACGUCUCAGUUAUAUAAUCAGGAUAAGAAUCAUUCUUUUACGUUAAUGUGCUGUCAGAGAUUCGAUACCAUUAAAUCUGUUUCGAAUAAGAAAACGCCUACCGGUAAACCGUUACUUGUUAAUCCUUUAAUGAAGAAUCCUACCAAUGCCGCAGUUCUAGCUGAGUGUGGUAUCCAAUAUGAUAGCCCGCUGGCUCCUAUAGAAGUUGCAACGCGACGUGCCGACAGGAUCGCGAAGGAGAAGCUCAAACACGCAGUUUUAACAGCAGAGCAACAGCAACAAGUGGCCGCUCGUCUUUUACAGCAGCAGCAGCAGCAGCAGCAGCAGCAGCAGCAACAACAACAAGCUCAGCAGCAGCAGCAAAUCAAACUACAACAGCAGGCUCAACAAAAUAUCUCCAGCACCACAAGUCCACAAGUGCAUCAACUCACGCAAGUUGUAACCACCGUUACAACCGGAUUAACAACAAUGAAGACUGUUACGACAAUGACUAACGUUACUACAUGUGGUACAACAGUUGCUACGUCUACUGUUAAAGCCCGAUCAGGAGGAACGUUAACUAUGCAAGAUGCACGAACAACACCGACCGUUGUCAGCGUUAGCAAUCUUCAAGCAGCUCAAAGAAUCGCGACAGCGAGUCUAGUAUCUGCUGCGCAGAGUUCUCCUGCUGGUACGCAGAAGAGUAUCGUUGGAGUUACCGUGGCUACGGCUUCCGGUAGUAAAACUUUAACUGCUGCUCAGCUGCAAUAUUACCGCCAGCAACAAGUCCUAUUACGACAGCAGCAAUUGAAAGUAUUGCAAGCGCAGGCUGCAAGUGGUCAAAAGGUAUCGGUAGCAGUUUCAGCUACUGCUGCACAGCAAAGGGCUACGUUGAUGAAGCAGAGUAUAACUGGUACUGUUGCACAAACGACUGUUGGAAAACAGACUAUAGCGCGUACAGUUUCAGAGACGGAAAUGGCAGCUUUGUUAAAGCGGCAAGCUAUGCAGCAGCAAGCCAAAGCGGUAGCUCAGGUACAAGUACCUGCACAGGCAGGUCUUACUCCAGCUCAAAUAUUCGCACAGGCAGGUUUGCAAGUGCAACAGGCUGGAACGUCUACCGGUGGCACGCCAGUUGCUACUUUAGUGAAAGCUGCAAACGUUGCUAGUGUCCGUACGGCAACACCUCAACAAAUUCGUCAGCUCGCCCUUCAUCCUCAGAUCAUCACUCAGAGAAAAUUACCAGCGCAAAAAGUUGCGCAACUAGCCCAAGUUGGAAAAACUGGUGUCCAAACGCAAUUGAUUGUGCAACAGAAAUCAUUACCCGCGACGAUGACUGUACAGCAGAUUCAGCAAGUUAUGAAACAUGUUCAACCGUCUACGAUGCAACAAUUUACACAUGUCUCCACGGGACAAACGGUCUCCCAACCUGGUCAAGUAGUGUUAGCCAAGUCUCCGUUACAGACACGAGUGAUUCCGGUUCCGACUGCUGCUUUGAAGCAAACGAUCCAAGUUGUGACCGCCAGUAGUGCUCAAUUGCGCCAAGCUGCACCUGCUCAAGGGAAACCCAUUGUUACGACCGCAAGAGGUAGUCCCGGACCUAGUCAAGUUAGAUUGCAAACCAUUGCCCAUCCUGUUCACCCUCAACAAGUACAGCAACAGCAACAACAGCAAUCACAGACUCAACCAGAUGCUCAACCGAAGUGAAUGUGUUUCGUUAUACAGAAUGUUCGAAUCCGUUAAGUAUUACACAGACUUUUUUACAUUGAAAUUAGGUUGACCGAAUGAAAAAAAGAAAAACGAAGUCGAAGUAGAAAUUUCAUUUUUGAGGGCUCUUAAAACAAUGACAACAUUCCAAAAAAGAUAUUGC